AUGGAGGCAGCUUUGCAGGAACUGCAGCGGAUUGUUGGCGAACAGGCGGCCCAGAUCCAGAGGCUGACCGAGGGCGCCCAGAGACCUGAAGCUCAAGCCGAGGACAGACGGCUCGAGAGCAUAGUUGACACGAAGAUCCUGAGCAGGAUUGGAGUCUUCUCAGGCGCGGACGAGGAAUGGAGGCAGUGGUGUUUCGUGUUCGAGUCGACGGCAGGGCUCGUCGACCUGGAGCAGAUCAUGACGCACUGCGAGAACACGGACGAGACCGAGCUAGGCUGGGCAACUCAGUCGGAGAGAGUCCAACUGAGGAUGAAGGUGCUGUAUCACUUGCUGAUCGCUGCGACGAGAGGCAAGGCCCUCACGAUCCUCCAGAUGGUGCCGAAGAACAACGGUGCCAUAGGUUGGAAGAGGUUGAAGGACGAGUACGAGCCGAAGUCUGGCGGAAGACUGACGGCGAUGCUCAUGGGAGUGCUCAAGCCAGAGUGGGAGACGGCCAUCAGGGGCGGCAUCCGCACGUGGGAGGCUGCCUGGAAGGAGUGGGAGAAGAGCGUCUCGCUCUACGAAGCACAGUCCUUGGAGAAGGUCACGGAAGGCACGAGGCCGUGGUUCGUCAAGCUCUUGGGGGCGAUCGGCCAGGACUACCACAAGCUGGCCAAGGUUGUCACGGACUACAUUGCUAGUGGCAAGGUCUACGAGACCACUGGAGCGCCCCACGGCAUCCAGUAUGACGGACCCAUGCCCAUGGACGUCGGGCUGGUGAAUGAGAGUGGAGACGUGGGCGGCGUCUUCAAACCUCCGAAGGGGUACGGCAAGCAGGCGAGGAAGGACGCCGGCAAGGGUCGGGACUCGGAUCGCGACACCUGCAAGAACUGUAGCAAACGAGGCCAUUGGUCAAGGGGCUGCUGGGCCCCAGGAGGUGGAGCAGCCAACCAGAUGAAAGGCAAGGGUAAGGAUACGAAAGGCGGCAAAGGAGGCAAAGAGAGGAAGAAGUGCGACAAAUGCGGGAAGCCAGGCCACGAGGCCAAGGAUUGCAGGUCACACAUCAAGUGCGACAAGUGCGGGAAGCUGGGCCACAAAGCUUCAGACUGCAGGUCGAAGCCCGAGAGUGCUGAGGUCAAGAGGAUAGUCAACGAGCAGGACGAGCUGUGGGUCAUGGGCGUCGCCGAGAGCGUGAACACCAUCGACGACGGCAGCAAGUACGUGUGGGUCUCGAUCGACAGCGGGUCGGACGCCGAUGGGUGUCCCCUCGGCUUCGGUCACUCGAGCGAUGACGUCGAGGAUCCCACUAAGGUGGAGCUGAGGACGGCCACCAACGACGAGAUCCAGGACUACGGUGAGCGGAAUGUCGGCAUCGCGUUCCUGGACGAGACUGGCCACGAGGUGAUGGCCACGAACCGAUUCCGCAUCGGUGACUUCAGCAAGCCUGUGCUCAGCUGUGGCAUCAGAGUCACGAGAGGAGCAGUCAUUCAUCUGGAGACGGGGAACAGCUACAUGGCCCCGCCGAGCGUGAACGGCGUUCAGAGGAAGAUAUCCUUGACAAUGAUCGGGAAGAGCUUCUACGCAAGGAGGCUUGGGAUCAUUGAUGCGGCCAUCUACGGCACCAAGAAGCAGCUGCGGGAGAGGCUCGUCAAGUGCGAGCACCAGCUGGAUGAGAAGAUGAAGGUCAAGGAGGCCCUCGAGGAGCGCCAACGGCGACUCCAGGAAGGCGUCGAUCCCGAGGUACCGAGGACGCUGAAGACUCCAGAGAGGCCAGACGCGGAGACCGUGAGGCAGCACGAGCUUACUCACGCGAAGUUCGAGCCCUGGCGCCUGGAGUGCGUGUUCGGAAAAGGAGAUGCCGCACCCCAUCGGGGAGUUCAGUUUCUUACGGACAAGGAGCCAGAGGUGUCUGUCGUGCAGAUCGACUACCAUUUCUUGAAGGACGACGGCGAAGAGACCGAGGAUGCGGCCAACCGCUUCUCCACCACGCUGGCCGUCAUCGACUGCGACACGGGUGUUCCUCUGCAGCUCGGCCUCCCAGAAAAGGGAGGCAACCGCGACUACACGGUGGCCUCGGUCGUGAGCUUCCUCAGGAGGCUAGGCGCCGCUCAGCUCAGGCUCAGGAGUGACGGAGAGCCGAGCGUCGUCGGCAUAGCGAACGCAGUGGCGGCCAAGAGACUCAAGUUCGACGGCUACAAGGUCACAGUGGAGCAGACCCCCAGGUACUCGUCGCAGUCGCUCGGGGCCGCGGGGGUGCAGCAGAAGAUCUUGCAGGGGCAGGCCAGAACGAUCAGAGCUGCAACAGAGAAGAUGCUUGGUAUCAAGAUAGGGCCAGGUCAUGUUCUGUGGCCGUGGCUUGUCAGACACGUAGGCUUCAUCGCGGAGAUGUUCCACAUAAAGUCAAAUGGACGGACUCCUCAUCAAGAUGCGACUGGCACCAAGUAUCAUGGCGUCGUCCUGAAGUUCGCAGAGACCGCCAUGUUCAAGCAUCCGACGUCGUCGAGUGGCCACAUGACUGGAGGCAGGCGCAGUCGCAAGUCCAAGUCGAUGUGGGAGAAGGGCAUCUUCUUGGGCAAGACCUACGAGAGCGAUGAGUUCCUCAUGGGGACCAGCAGCGGGGUGCACUCGGUCAGGGCCGUGCGCAGGCUCCCAGAGGAGGGCCAAUGCGACCUCGAGCUCGUGGCCAAGAUGGUUGGGGCCCCAGGCGUCGGCCAGAUCGGAAGGCCGAAAGGCAAGAGGGUGGUCAUUCUCCCGACUGCCCCGCCUGAGAAGAAGCAGGAGGAGACCGAGGUCGACGACGCCAAGGAGGAGAAGGGGGUUACAGACCCCACGGUGGAGAGGGGAGUUGCCGAGGACGGCAACAGCUACGCGAGUGCCAGAGGCAGGACGGGCAGUGGCUACAUGGAGGACGUGGCGCUCCCCACACCGAGGCACGAGGCAGGCGGAAGCUCGUCAUCACGCCCUGCCCAACCGACUGGGGAGCCAGAGGUCCCAGAGGUUGAGAUGGGCACCGUCGGAGGCGUCGACGGCUUCGUGAUCGACGAGAUCGACCUGAUGCCCGUCAUGGACCCAGAUGGCAAGUGCAAGGAUAUCAACGCGAUGCAGGAGUUUGGAGUGUUCGAGGCUGUGUCGCCUGAUGAGAUAGAUUCCACAUGGACAAGGUUGUCAACCAAGUGGGUGUACCAGGAGAAGAGCGAUGAGAUUCGCUGUCGCUUCGUUACCAGGGAGUUCAAGAGCAUGGACCCCGAACGCGAGGGGCUGUUCACGCCGGCCAGCGAACCCGCGACUGGCAGGCUCAUGGACUUCAAGGCGGUGAAUCGGGACCAGCCCACCGUCAUCAUCGACGCUGUCAAUGCCUACUUCCAUGCUGAACAAGACAGGCUCGUGGCAGUGGUGCCGCCUCGGGAGUGGGUCGAGGCCGAGGCAAUCAAGGGCAACACCACGAGGACGAUGUGGAGGAUGAAGAAGAAACUCUAUGGCGAGAGGGAUGCGAGCAGGGGUUUCAGUGACUUCAUGAACCGCAUCCUCGUCUCAGAGAUGGAGUUUGAGCAGUGUCCUGACCAGCCAUGCUUCUACCGCCGAGAGCGGGAUUCAGUAGACCUGGAGCUUCAUCAGGAUGAUAUCUAUGCGACCGCUGACGACAUCAAGCUCCAGGCAUUCACGACAGAGCUCAGCAGCAAGGUAAGCAAAUUGCUCAAGGUAGGUGCGAAGUACCAACAUCUGAAAGGAGGGCGAGUGAGAGUCGAGGGCGGCAUGUUCCAGACGGGCAACAGGAAGUACGCGGACAAGAUCAUAGAACUACUGAACCUCGGCAAGGAGACCAGUCUCUACAGGCAGUGCGUGGGCAUCGCGAGGUACAUGGUCAACUACGUCACGGAGGUCACGUUCGCUGUCCACGUGCUGAGCAAGAGGUUGGCCACGCCCACCGACAACGACAUGAAGAGGCUCAAGCACCUCGGCAGGUACCUACUCGGAGUUCGAGACUAUGCACUGUUCUUUCCCAGAGCUGGAGAGGCAGAUAUUUUGGAGUGCUACACGGACUCAGAUUGGGCUGGAGACACCAUCGACAGAAAGAGCGUUUCUUGCGGAGUGUUGUGCUGCGGUGGCUGCACGCUUCUCGAGUACUCGCGCGGUCAGAGUACCCAAGCGCUGAGCUCAGGAGAAGCAGAGUACUACGCGUCUGCGACAGCAGCUGCCGAGGCGAUCCACCUCCAGAGCGCGAUGGGUUUCCUGGACAUGAACGUGAAGAUCAGGAUCCGCAUAGACUCCUCCGCGGGACAGGCGGUCUGCCACCGCGUUGGAGUAGGGGGGGUCCGCCACCUUGAGGUCCGCACCCUGUGGCUCCAGGCCAAGGUGCGAGACAAGAAGCUGGCGGUGGUCAAGCAGGCUGGGGAGACCAACCUGGCUGACGUGGGUACCAAGGCGCUGACGAGUCAGAGGUUCCACUGGCUGAGGGCACAGUUGGAACGUCGGCCGCUGGCAGGCGCAGAUGACAUGGAGGAGAGCACGGCUGUUCGGGUCAACCUCGUGAGCGACUCGACAUCCAAGAUGGCGAGGGUCGGCGCGGCCCUGAUCGCUCUCCUGGACAGCCUGGGCUCGGUGAAGGCAGACGGUGAGUGCGACGUCUACGGCUACGAGAAGGACAAGACGGAGAUCAUCCUGCAGGACGCCCGUCUAGGGACUGGCGUGCACCUCCAGGGUAUGAUGCUCAUCGUGGUCAUGAUCACCAUGAUGAUCGUGGCGUGCGCAGUCGGUGGCUGUGCUGGCUGGUGCGUCAGCUACUUCAUGAGGCCGAGCCGCGCGGGCGAGAGCAGGCAGGAGAAGAAGAAGGUAGAGCUCUCCCAGAGGGCCAUCAAGACCAAGAAGGUGAAGAUCGAGUACAGGACCGUCUCGACCCAGAGCCAGGUGACGUACUCCUGGCAUCGGGAGAGUCCUAGGCCGUGCCGCGGCGCGGGCGCCGCGGGCGCCGCGGGGGCGCCCGACCGGAAGGGGGCGCCGCCCCCGCCAGAGAGGCGGUCCACCGGCCCCCUCUCUGGCUACUUCGGGCGCAGCUACUUGGAGGGGCAGCUCUACCAGGGGCCGGCCUACGUCCGGUCCUUCGACGUGGAGUUCCAGCUCCCAGUGCUGACUCACGAGGAGUCCGGCAUCCGGGUCUGGUCGGAGGCGCUUGACCUGCGGGCGGCGGCCCCGGACAGCCGCGUCGUGGUGCUCUACCUCUACACCGACCGCGCGGGGUUCUCCAGGAUAGCCUCGACGAGCGCCAAGGAGGUCGAGGUGUUCACGGGCUUCGAGGACAAGCUCGGGCCCUUCGGCAGGGGCGUGGCGGUCACCAGGUGGGAGCCGGACGCCUUUCACAGCAAGAGGGAGGCACUCCUCAACAACCAUUGGCCGUGCAUGGAAGCCGGAGAGGGAGGCGAGCCCCGCGUGCUCCGGCAGGUGAACCCCCGCAGCGGCCCCGACGACCCCUGGAACGCGAAGCUGGUGGAGUCCAUCCUGCGGCGCGGCGCGGAGCACGCCGGGUGUGCCGACUUCUGCAUCCCCGUGCUGGUGCCGAGCUGCUUCGCCUACAACAUCUGGGAGCAGAUGCCGCCGGACCUGGAGGCCGAGGGCAUCGAGGUCGGCUGCAACCGCUGGGGCGAGCCGCAAUGGCCCGACCGAGACGUGUGGGUGGUGCAGCUGUCGGAGCAGGGCGCCUCCAGGGCCGCCGCAGCCGGCUCGGGCGGCAAGGUCGAGGUCUUCCGGCAGCGGCUGAGAUGGGUCGAGCUGCAGAAGGGGGGCGAGCACGCAGACGCCCUCAGCGCGCUGAGCUCCCUGGCCUCCACGCUGAAAAAGCUGGGCAUGUUCCAGGAGGCCGAGCCGCUGUAUCGGAAGGCGCUGGAAGGUUGCCAGCGCACGCGCGGGGAGAGCCAUCCAGAGACGCUGGGCGUCAUCAACAGCUUGGCCCUCUUGCUCGACGAGGUGGGCGAGCACGACGAGGCCGAGGCACUCGCGCGGCAGGCACUGGCUGGGCACGAGAGGACGCUUGGCUCGGAGCAUCCUGCUACGCUGAGGUCCAUGGGGAAUCUGGCGGGCAUGUUGGCAGCGAACGGCCAGCGGGUGGAGGCCGAGGGCCUCUAUCGCGCUGUCAUCCGCGGGUGGGAAGCGCGAGGCCAGCGGGCGGAGCCAGAUAUGCUGACGGCACUGAGCGACCUCGCACUGCUGCUGGAGGAAACAGGCAAGCUCGCGGAGGCCGAGACGUGCUUCAGGAGGGCCCUGCAGGGCAUGGAGGCGUCGCUGGGGCCGUGCCAUCUGGACACGCUGUGCGCCCUGAACGACCUCGGCGUGUUCCUCAAGAAGACGGGGCAGUUCCCAGAGGCAGAGAAGCUGUCCUGGCGGGCCCUAGACGGGUGGGAGCAGGCCCGCGGCCGCGACCACCCGCACACUCUGGCGUCGGCCAGCAACCUGGCCCUGGUGCUGCAGGAGAUGGACCGCCGCCAGGAGGCGGAGCCUCUGUUCCGCCGCGCCCUGGAGGGCAGCGAGCGCUCCGCCGGCCGCGCGCACCCGGACACCCUGAUGUACGUGAGCCACCUCGCAGAGCUGCUGCGGGCCACUGGCAGGGCCGAGGACCGAAGAGCGGAGCCGCUCUUCCGCCGCGCGCUGGAGGGUCGCGAGGCGGCGCUGGGGCGCAGCCACCCGGACACGCUCGCGUCCCUGCACGGCCUGGCCCUGCUGGUGGCCGCGACGGGCCGGGCCGCGGAGGCCGAGCAGCUGCUGCGGCGGGCGAUCGACGAGAGGGGGGGGGCCCUCGGCUGGGGCCACCCGGACACGCUGGCGUCCAUGAGCAGCCUCGCGAGCGCGCUGCACAAGCAGGGCCGGAGCAGGGAGGCCGAGCCGUUCGCCGCCAAGGCGCUGGCGGGCCGCGAGGCCUCCCUGGGCCCGCAGCACGUCGACACGCUCAGGUCGCGGACGCAGCUCGCGCAGCUGCUGCGGGAGGCCGGCCGCCUCUCGGAGGCGGAGCCGCACGCGGUGCGCGCCUCCAAGGACUGCGAGGAGGCCUUCGGGCCGCACCACGCGGCCACGCUGCAGGCGCAGAGCGGGCUGGCGCUGCUGCUGCAGGCGCAGGGGAGGCACCGGGAGGCCGAGCCCCUCGUCCGCCGGGUGCUGGAGAGCAAGGCGGCCUCUCUGGGGCGGGGACACCCCGAGACGCUCAGCUACCUCGUGGACCUGGCGCUGCUCCUGCAGAAGCUGGGGAAGCACAGGGAGGCCGAGCCCCUGUGCCGCGGCGCGGUCGACGGCCUCGAGCAGGCGCUCGGGCCCGCGCACCCCGACGUGGCGAGGGCGAGCGACGCGCUCGCGGGCCUGCUCGAGGAACUGGGACGCCCGAGGGAGGCCGAGGAGGUGUACCGGCACGUGCUGAAGCGGCGCAGGGAGGCCCUGGGGGAGAGGCAUCCGGAUACCCUGCGGACGAUGUGCGGGCUGGCCAUGCAGCUCAAGAAGAGGAACAAGUACGAGGAGGCCGAGGCGACGUCUCGAGCGGCCGUGGAGGGCUUCGAGGCCACCCUGGGCCCAGAGCACCCAGAGACGCUGCGGGCGACUCACACCCUGGUGGCGGUGCUGCUGGAGGAGAGGGCGUCCGGCACAGCGAGGCAGAGCCCAUCUGCCGGCAGAUGUGCAAGCGCUACGAGGCCGCGCUGGGCCCGAAGCACCCCGACACGCUCCGCGCCCAGCACACCCUGGCCGACCUGCUGA